AUGUCAAAUUUAAUAUUAUUACUUGAAGAACUUAAAAAUAUAAAUAUUAAAAAAAAUAUCAAAGAAAAAAAAAUUUAUACAAAAAAGAAAAAUGAAUUUCAUUUUAAUAUUGAAUAUAUUAAUGAAAAAAAACCUAAUGAUAAUAUUUUAAUUAUAAAAUUCAAAUCCAAAAUUAAUAAUAAUGAUGAAAAUUUAAUUAAAAAUCCAAAAUAUUUACCUAUUUUUAGUAAAGAAAUAUCUAAUCCUUUAGUUUAUGGACAAGGUGUAUCUGAAUUUUUAACAGAAAAAUUAAUUAAUUUUUUUAGUGAUAAUUUAUCCAAUAACAAUGAUAUUGCACAAAAAUUUUUAAAUUCCAAACAUAUAAAUUUUAUAAUUUCACAUAAAGAAGAUAUUAAAAUUAAAGAUUUCAUUAAAUUAGAAAAAAUAAUUACUUUAGAUAUUGAAAAUGAUGUUAAACAUAAUUCAAUCAAAGAAAGAAAAAAUGAUAAAAAUAUUAAACCAAAAACUGAAGAAGAAAAAUCAGUAAAUACUAUAAUUGAAGAAAUGAGUAAAUUAAAUCUUUCUGAACAAAAAGAGAAAUAUAUAAACCUUUCUAUUAUUUUAAAAAUAGAAAGAAUACUAGAAAAUCUUAAAGAUGUUGAAUUAAACAAAAAGAAAAUAAUAAUUUAG